AUUAUCGAUUCAUCGAUAUUUCCAUCGACGUUUUUCCACCUCUAAUUGCCGUCGCUUUUUAUUUGCUGUUGCUGUUAAAAAACUAAAAUUAUUUGCUAAACUAACUAAUAUCGGUUUCUCGGCGGGCUUUUCGACCAACUAAAUAACGCGCUACUAAAAACGCGUCGAAACGGAACUGGAAAAACCCUUUUUUUUCUUACGCAGCAAAAGCAAAAGCGGGGCGCGCGUGUAUGUGUGUGUGCCACAGAAAGUUGCAAGCAGAAAGAGCUAAAUAGUGCACGGCUGUUAAAUAUGUCGUGGGCCAGAUUUAUGCAAUAACAAAAUCUGCAAAUUCCCCCUCAUAAGCGUCGAAAGCAGAAAAAUGUGAAAAAAACAGUGGAAUUUCUCAAUGUUGAAACGAAGAAACGCGAAGCAGGGGCUAAAGAAAAUCGAAAUAAUAAAAAACACGCACACCAAUGCCUGGCCGUGCGUGUUUGACAGUGAGAUUCUGUGUGACUGUGUGUGUGUAUGAGAGUGAAACGUAUAAAUAAAAUUCAGCCAAAUGCAGAAACCAACAACAAAAUGGAUAACAAAACUACACAGUUGGAUUUUAAAUUACUGGUGGAUCAGUCACUAAAUCUACUGGACAGCCUCAACACGGCAUUGCGGUGCGAUGCUAUUCAGUUCUUGCUGCAGACGCUUAAGUGCAAGUACCCGGAUGCCUGCGACCAAGUCGUCAGGAAUCUGUUCAGCCACAUAACCAACAGCAAUGGCGAUGGAGCCAGAUUGGGUGGUGGGAUGGAACAGCAGGAGCUGGCGAGGACCAAGCAACUCCAGCUCUUGCUGACCGCCAAAAAGGAGAAGAAGGAGGAGGGCGAGGCGGAAAUAAAGCGCGAGAAGACCGAGGAUGAGGCUGGAUCGACUGAUCUGAACCAGAACUUUGAAAAGAUUCUCUGCAAGGAGGAGUUCCUGUGCCUCGAGGAGGAGGAGGAGGACUUCCUCAAUGAUGUAGAUACCCAGAACUCGUCUUCCCUGCAGUUCCAUACCGAUGGCAACAAUGUCGAUGGCAUGUCCAUGGGUCCCGGUGAUCCACUGGACCUGAUCCCGACCGGCGGCUCGUCGCUGCUGGUUAAGCGAAAGUAUACGGCCACCUUUGAGGAUGAGGAGCAAUUGGGCGCGGAGGAGGAGGCGAGCAACACCAGCAGCAGCAGCAUCGAUGGAAAGCUCGUGAAACGGAAGCGCACCAACAACAUGCACCUCACCAUCGCCAGUGUGCGGCGGAAAGAGGAGCGCUCCACGCUGGGCGAUGGGUAUGUCUUCCACGAGGACAGCCAGUACACCAUGCACUACCAUCACAGCACUGGCGAGUUUAGCGAGCGGGCCUUCAAGGCCCAGUUCCGGGCUCUGCUCCGGCUGGCGCUCAGCCAGCACCAUAAGCCCUUCCUCAGGCAGUUCUACGAGAAUUUUGUGGUUACCGGUCGGCUGCUGGGCACCACGCCGUCGGCCAGGGUGCUGAAGGAGUUGCGGGAGCAGCGGCUGGAGGAGUGGCGUCGGCAAAGGGAGAGACGCCAGCUGAUCAGCCUGAUGAAGCAGAGCGAGCUGGAGCAGCAGAGGCUGGAGGAAAUAACGCUGCAUCAGCAGGAGGAGCAGGAGCAGCAGCAGGAAGAGAUUCAGCGGCUGGAGCAGCAGAAGCAGCAGGAGGAUAUUCAGCAGGACCAUCAGCUGCCGGCCAUCUCCUUUGGCGACUCAGAGCUGGAAUCGGAGACGGAGUCCCAGCUCUCGUCCGCCGCCCAAGAGAUUAUGAAGUUUGAGGAGUUCAUUGACGAGGGCGUAGGCGCAGGACGUCUGAUCGAUGGUCUGGAGAUGGAGCCCGAAAUAGAUGACAUGCUGGGUGGCGCUGGCAGUGCCCUGGGCAGUGUGAACAGUGCUAGCGGCCAUAGCAGCAAUAGUAGCAGCAGCGGGAGUGGGAGCGGCAACGGAGUCGGCGGCGGGGUGGUCCUGGAGAACAAUAGUCAUCAUUCGAAUCACCUAAGCGCCAGCAGCAGCGCGAACCUUGUGAUCAACGGCCUUACGUCAAGCAAUAGCAUCAGAAUCAACAACAAUAAUGGCAAUGCCCAUUGUCCGCAACUGUCGUCGGUGGCGCAGUCGCCGGAUCCAACAGCGGUGUCCAUGAAGCCGUCGCACCACUUGCCAAUGACCAUGCCCCUGGAGAGCAGGGAUCGAAAGGAAGGCCAGGUGAUGCCGGGCAGCAUUUCCGGCCUCUCCAAUGAGAUGCAUCUGCACCAGCAGCCGAAUCGCUACAACUCGAGCAAUAAUCCGCUCUCCAUGAUGGGUGGAAUGAUGCAGCAGCAGCACGUGACCAUGCAGCACCAGCAACAUCAGCCACAUCCCCAACAACCGAUGAUGCAGGGUCCGUUUGCUCAGCAUGGUAACUCCAUGAUGGGCAACCGGCAAAUGCCGGCACUGGCCGCCUUAUCGAAUCUGGGGGACAGUGUCGCUGUCGGUGGGCAGUUGAACUCCUCCCUGGAGUUGGACGACAAUGACAUGUCGCCGGACGAGGACGACGAUGAACUCGACCACGACCUGGAUGAACUGGACGCGGCCAAGCAGCAACUGAUCGAUGGCGGCAGCAGUAGUAGUACCUCAUUGCAGGCGCCGCCCUCCCAGCUCGGCAGUGUGGGCAGUGGCGGCCAUACGCCCGGGAGUAAAAAGGACAAGCCCAGCUACAAUUGCCUGUUGUGCCCGAAGUCUUACCGGAAGCGCAAAUCGUUGCUCGACCACUACAAGAUGCAUCCUGGCUACUGCCACGAUUGCGGUCAACCCAAUGGGAACACUCUGGAGGAAAUCAUCCAUCACAACAGGACGAUGCACGUGAAGGAGUUUCCGUUCGUGUGCGAGACCUGCGGGGAGUCGUACUCUCGCAAACAGCAGUUCCACGCCCAUGUCGAGUCGCACAACAAGAAGGAAAUCAAAACAUUUCCGUGCGGCGAGUGCGGGCAAAAGUUCCCACAGAAGAAGCUGCAACAGCACUUCGAAGAGACGGGCCAUAAGGCCGACGGGGCCAUUUGUGAGGUGUGCGGCGAGGAGUUUCAAUCAAAGAACGCCCUCUACCAGCACAUUAUCCGUGUACAUAAGCGGGACAAUUUCUUCGAGUGCCACAUUUGCCAUAACCGUUUCACUCUAAAGGCCAAUCUGGAGCGGCACGUCCAGCUGCAUACCGAGAUCAAGCGACCCUAUGUGUGCGACCUGUGCGGCUCAUCCUACUUUACAUACCCUGCGCUCAAGGAGCACUACAGCAACGCCCAUGUCGACGUCUCCGAAUGCAAAUGUACGCUGUGCGGCAAGCGCUUCGGCUCGGCCAAGUCGCUCCAGAGACACCUCCCAUCACAUUCGGAGGAGCGCCCGCACUGUUGCAACUACUGCGAUCAAACCUUCAAGUGGAAGACCCACCUGGUGCGACACAAACAGACGAUGCAUGGAAACGAGCCGGCGCCGCCUAAAAAGGGAAAGCAGCGCUUCCCGAAGGCUAAUGAAGAAGAAAUGGCUUCCCUACAAGACAUGCCCGGUCCGCCGCCCGUGAAGGCCAGCAAAAAGUCGGUGGCCAAUAAGACCAAGGCGCAAGCAGCAGCGGUCGCCGCCGCCACUUCCCUGCAGCAGCAGCAGCAACUGAAAGGCGCAGCAGCCACGCCAACACCGCCGCCGCCUGUCUCCACGACUCCGGGAUGCCUGCAACAGGAUCAGUUUAAUGCCGCCAUGGUUAGCAGCAACAGUUCGCAGUCCUCCACGGCGUCCACGUCACAGCACUCAGUGUCAACGAGUGAAUCUCAGCAGAAUUCCAUGUACAGUCAGAGCUUUAAUGCGGAGAAGCUGCAGGCUGGGCCACAGCAACAACAGCAACCCAAUCCGCUGCACCAGCAACAUCCGACGCCGCCGCCACCCCAACAACAACAACAACAACAGCAGCAGCAACAACCGAGGGUUGGCGCCGGGGAAUUGCAUUUGCAACGGAUGAAUAGCUUUACUCAGGAAGGGCAGUUCCACUUCGAGGCUGGCCCUGCUGGUGGCUAUCAGCAACAUCAGCUAUUGAGCCAGUAUCAGCAACAACCGCCUCAGCAACAGCAGCAGCAGCAACAUCACCUGGCUCAACAGCAACACAUGAGGAGUCACACUCCCCAGAGCCCUCAUCCACCAAGGCAGCAGCCACCACAGCAGCAGCAGCAACAUCCACAGCAACAUCAACAGCAGCAGCAGCAACAACAGCAGCAGCAGCAGCAACCACAACAACAUCAUCAUGGAAGGCAUAACAAUAUAAACCAUGGCAACUAUGGCAACGCAAACUUUAAUAUGAAUGAAAACAUGGCUUACAACGCCUGGGGCAACAUGAACUUCAAUAAUCCAGCAAACAAUCAGCAAGUUGAGAUUAAGGAUAAUAAGUUCUUCAUUGUGGACUCGUCCGAGUUCCUUGGGCUUCCAAUGAGUGUGCCGCCGGCGCAGCAGCAACAGCAACAAGUCGUGAACAAACCCCAGCAACAACAGCAACCUCAACAGCAGCAACAAGAACAAGCCCUCGGUGGUGACCUGAUGAGCUUCCAGCACAUGUGGCCUGCGGCUGGCUUCAGCCAGUCUCCCCAGCAACAGCAGCAGCAGCAGCCGCAACAGCAGCAACAGGCAUCGCAGCAACAACAACAGCAGCAGCAGCAGCAACCGCAACAGGGUCAAGCAAAUCCUAGCGAUCCUCACAACUAUAACAAUAUCGGAAGCAUACUCACGAAUCUCAUUGACACAAAUCCUGCGCCAAUGGAGUACAACUUUGAUCUGAUGCAGCAACAGCAGCAGCCGGCCCCCCAGCAGCAGCAGCAGCAACAACAGCAGCAGGCGGUGCAGCAGCAACAUCACAACGCAGGCGGUUAUGCGAAUAGCCUGAUGCGCAGUGGUGGCGGCGUCUACGGAGGCGGCUAUGAUCAGCAUCUAAGCGAGCAGCUGGUCAGCGAACAGCAGAAACAGAAUAGCUUCCAGGCCUACCAUGCGCACAGCCUGCAGGCCCAGCAACAGCAACCUAUGCACCCGCACCCGCAUCCUCAUCUCCUUCCUCCGCCAACGCCGCACGGCAGCGUCUACGAUCGGACAGGGGUUGGUGUUGGGGUAGGCGUGGGCGUGGGAGUGGGCUACUCCAUGCUGGGGGAUGAGUCCAAGGGCGUGCUGCCACCAAUGAUGGGCAUGAUGCAGCAAAUGCCGACGCACGGCCAGCAACCAGACUUGAUCUACUACCCAGUGAAGAACGAUUGACAGUCGAGGCACCAGCACCUGAGUCAUCAGCAGCCGCUGAGCCACCAUCACCACCAACGCUGGUGGACAGAGCCAGCCAAGAGAGGCGAUGUUUUUCAUUAAAACGGAGGGAAUGAACGGAAAACAGGAAAACAAGUUUGGUUCGAAUUUUUUUUUAAGUUUAGGGGGGAAAGAAUUGUAGAUAAGGCGAAAAAAAAAAAAUUAAGAGUUUUUUUGAAAUUAAGAGCAAUACCAUAAAGAUUAGAGCAGAAAGUGCUCAGAAUUUCUAAUCCGACCGGCGCUAUGAUUCGUGUAUAAAAUUAAAUCGUUUACGAGAUAUGUACAUCAGAUAAACGGAAGUAUGUAUACAUAAUUAAAUCCAGACAUAUACAUAGUAGCACCUAAGUAAACGGAAAAGCAAAAUUUAAUUAAAACUAUAAAUAUAAAUAAAUAUAUCUCUAUAUAUAAAUUAUAUGAAACAUAUAAACUAGUGAGUAAGAAAGAACUAACAAUAAUGGCAGAACCACAAGCAACUUUCGAACAAAUUUUAAUGCUUAUUUAACUUUUUAUUCGUAUAUGAAGUGAAAUGAAAUGAAAUGAAUGUCAGCCCCCAAGAGAGACCCUAGUUAUUGAGACUUGAGCUUGGGUCGGGUCGACACAUCACAAACGGAUAAAAAAAAUAUUAAAAUGGAACAAACAAUAAUAAAAAAAAAGAGAAGCAAACGACGCUUGUAGCCCGAGCCAAGCGACACACACAAAGUUGUAAACCAUAUCAUGAGGCCCCUUCCCGUAUAAUUAAAUGUGUUUUCGAUAGUGCUUGUUAUUUUCUAUUUAGUUAAUGAAUUGAUUAUACUUAUAAAGCCUUUUUGCUGACCAACAGCCAGCCACACUUUUGUUAGAUUAGUGCCUAAGUCUAGUUGAUAUCCCAAUGUAUACCCGUAUACCCCCUAAAAUCCCCCUAAAAUUUUGUGGCUUUUUACACCCGAAUACCUUGUAUAGCUACUCAAUAGCAUUUCCGAUUUUACAGCUCCCCCUAUUAUUCUAUUCUACGUACAUAUAUAUUAUUAAAUUUAUUAAUUUUUUGAUGAAUUUCCUUAAAUUCGAUAUACCUACCACCACCCCCUAUGCCCCCAAUAUUUAAGUUAAUCAAAGCGUUGUUCUUGUUUUACAUUUAUUCAAAUUCAGCAACAUAAGAAUUUUAUAUUUAAGUGAAAGUUUAAAACGUUAAAUGUGUAAGGAUACUUUUAUGAACAAACACAAAAGCAAAAAAAAAAAAAGAGAAAAGAAAAGAAA